GGGCCGUCUGUCAGUCAUAAAGAGUCCCGCAGGCCGCCAGGUGAGGUCCCGGCCUCGUGCAGUCGCUCUCCCCGCCGCACUGGGCGGCCUAGGCCGAUCCCUGCCGGGCCUCACCGCCCCCACCAUGUCCUCCUUCUCCGAGUUGGCGCUGGAGAAGAAGCUCUCAGAGCUGAGCAACUCUCAGCAGGGCGUGCGGACCCUCUCCCUGUGGCUCAUCCACCACCGCAAGCACGCGGGACCCAUCGUCUCGGUGUGGCACCGCGAGCUCCGCAAAGCCAAAUCAAAUAGAAAGCUUACUUUUCUGUACUUAGCCAAUGAUGUCAUCCAAAACAGUAAAAGGAAAGGACCUGAAUUCACUAGAGAAUUUGAAUCUGUCCUUGUGGAUGCUUUUUCUCACGUUGCCAGAGAGGCAGAUGAAGGCUGUAAAAAACCUUUAGAAAGAUUGCUGAACAUCUGGCCAGAAAGAAGUGUGUAUGGUGGCGAGUUCAUACAGCAGCUGACGCUGUCUAUGGAGGACUCCAAGAGCUCUCCCGCCAAAGCAACAGAGGAGAAGAAAUCUCUAAAGCGAACAUUUCAGCAAAUACAAGAGGCGGAGGAUGACGAUUACCCUGGAAGCUACUCUCCCCAAGAUCUUUCUGCAGGACCCCUCUUGACUGAGGAACUAAUCAAAGCUUUGCAGGACCUGGAAAAUGCUGCAUCAGGGGAUGCUACUGUCCGACAGAAAAUUGCUUCUUUACCCCAGGAAGUGCAAGACGUUUCUCUUUUGGAAAAAAUAACAGACAAAGAGGCAGCUGAACGUCUUUCAAAAACAGUAGAUGAAGCAUGCCUGUUACUAGCCGAAUAUAACGGGCGCCUGGCGUUAGAACUGGAAGACCGACGCCAGCUGGCUCGGAUGUUGAUGGAGUACACCCAGAACCAGAAAGACAUUUUGUCAGAAAAGGAGAAAAAACUAGAAGAAUAUAAACAGAAGCUUGCUCGGGUAACCCAGGUCCGCAAGGAACUCAAGUCCCAUAUUCAGAGCUUGCCAGACCUCUCGUUGCUGCCCAACGUCACGGGGGGCUUGGCCCCCCUGCCCUCUGCUGGUGACCUGUUUUCAACUGACUAAGGCAGGUGUCAUGCCCCAGACUCCCAUCUGUACCAGCAGAAAGAAGAGGGCAAGUCAUGGUUGGAAAUAACCUAGUAGCCCCUGGUUCUAUCCCUCUUUCUGCUCGGCCCCCCAAGCCUCAAGAAAGAACCGCAGGGUCUGAUUCUCCUCUCCAGCCUCUCCUGUUGAGCACAAUUGAGAACAGUGGCAAAUGGAAUCCAGUUUAGAUUUAUAUUUGGAAAGCAUACAAACUCACUUCAUGUUUCCACACCCCUGUUGCUUUUCCAUUCUUAGCUCUCUCUUUACACCCAAGAAGUUAUGAAAAUCAUGUGUAGAAGA